GAUGGCAGCGCCCAUGAAUAAACAAUCUAGGGCGAUGGAGCUUCCUCUUUUCACUAUUGAUGCCUUUACUAGCGUUCCAUUUGCCGGAAAUCCGGCGGCAGUGUGUCUAGUGCCCGAUCAGAAGAAGCUGUCAGAUGAGACCAUGCAGAAGGUUGCCACAGAGAUGAAUAUCUCAGAAACUGCUUUUGUUCAGAAGCUGCAUUCACAAGACACUUUUGAGAAUAGCAGCAGAUUUGGAUUGCGCUGGUUCACCCCAACAAAUGAAGUGCCACUCUGUGGACAUGCUACCCUAGCUUCUGCAGCUGCUUUAUAUGAAAUAACAAAGAAUACCUCGAGUGAAAUUGUGUUUGAGACGCUAAGUGGAGAACUUGUUGCCAGGAAAAUGGGAGAUUGUAUUAGCUUGGACUUGCCACUGAAUCCAACAGUGAAAGAGGAAGAAAAUGAACCUGAUCUGCAGCACCUUAUCCAAAUAAGUACUGAAGGCCUUGAUGUGACUGAUGUACAAUAUUCUGCCACGACAAAGAAACUGUUGCUUAGGCUUGAUGACAAUUAUGGCAGACACACCCUUGAGGGCCUGAGUCCACCCCACAACCUGAUGCUCCAUGCUCACAACACAGGGAAGAUCAAGGGUGUGAUUGUCACACUCAGGGGAGAUGCGAACAAUGGUUGUACGGAUGCCAGUGGAGAAACCUAUGACUUCGUCUCAAGAUAUUUUGCUCCCUGGAAUGGAAUUCCUGAGGAUCCAGUCACUGGUUCAGCACAUACUGUGUUAGCUGCUUAUUGGUCUAAACAACUUGGCAAGAAGGACCUCUAUGCACGUCAAUGCUCAAAGAGGGGUGGUGAAUUACGUAUCAAGGUUGGAGACAAUGGUCGAGUUGAUGUUGCUGGGUAUGCGACUGUGGUAGUGGAAGGAAAGCUACGAAUGUAGACAAUCAGAGAACGGAUAAUUACUAAUUACUUCUUCAUAAAGGUCUCACUUGUAAUAUGCUGUGAUAGCGAUAAAAAUUUCCAUGAAAAGAUAUUCUGUCCAGAUUAUCAAAGGGCCAGAUCAAGUGGGGCCUUUUUUGAAUCAGUAGAUCGCAUUUAAAAUCAUUUUAACAGUUUACCUGGGAGACACCAGCAAAAUAAAUCAAGACUGACCAAACUUCUGUGCCAAAUUAUUGCCACAUGAAAUACAUUGGCAUUUUAAAGCUGUUUCUGGUGGGAAAGGCCAGCCAAAAGAAAUGGGCCCAAAAUAGCCAUAUUAGACCUGAAAUCCGCUCAGAAGUUUCUGUGUCAUUUCAAAUGUUCACUGUGACAACAGUUAUGAAAAGCAGUGCUAUUCCAAUCUGAUUACUCUUUAAUGUACUUAAUGGUGCUUAUUUAAUCUGAAAAUUGUACUUAUAUUAUUGUAAACUUACAAACUUCGUAUAUUCCAUGUUUAAGCUCUAUUGUUAAAAUAUGUCCAGUUCUCCACUAUGGCAUUGGAAUGAUAGUUAUGUGAUCGUAAUAAUGCAUCAUUCUCACCAGCAAUGAUUGGCCAGGUCAACUCAUUUUAUAUGAAUUUUACUCAGGAAAAAUUCUCCAUUCUCCAACACCAAUAUUCUUGGUUUAACUACCGGUAAGCUUUAGAAAUAAUGGGAGAUAAUACUAGCCAGCGCCAAUGAUAUGGUAUAGAAAUAUAGAUAGUUGACAGAAUACAUCUGAAAGUGUCUGUGCACAGUUGGUAGAAUGUCUGUGUGUCAUUUUCUGAUGCAUCUCAAAACCACCCUCUAUCCAUGAACUUACCUCCCACUGCUCCUGUCGACUCUUUAAAGAUUCAUAUUUUAUCAUCUGGAGAAAUUUUCUUAACGAGGUUAGUAUGUUAAUAGAUCCAACAGAGGGCAGCUCUUCUCGUUGUUCUCAUCUUGAACAGCUGGUGUUCAAUCUCGGUGCAUUAACAAUUCAAGUACAAUCACCUAUGGUAACAAGUUUUGCAGUGUCAAUGUGGCUUAUUUAUUGUUUAGGUGGAAAAUUAUUUAUGAUGAGCUUUUACUUUGAUGGCAUGCAUGUGCAUAAUUGUAUGGAAUAUAUACUGUUGAUCAGUUUGUUUCAUAGAUUUGACAUAAAAGUUCUCCUCCUGCAUUUGGGUUAAGAUUGGAUGUUUGGCUGUCUCUUCUUUCAAUAUAAUGAAACCAAAGUUCAAUCUUACUCAAGUUCUACUUUCUGAGAUGUUAAAUUGAGUUCAGCAUGUCACAAACCCUGUUUUUCACAAGACCAAUAAUAUGCGUGCUGUGUGUAUUUGUCUGGGCUUUGAUUGAAUGCUUCACAUGCUUACAAUAACAAGAAACUUGAAGAAAAAGGUUUUUGUCUCAUUCUGUGAAACCAGAUCUGACUAUUUCUCCGAUUGAUCAGAAAGCGUUGAACAUCAGAUCACAGGCCCGACUACUGUGAUCAUACCGUUGACAUUUGUAAUUUUCGAUAUUGAUGUUUUAUGCAUGUGAACUGCUAUUGAUUGAAGAAUACCAACCUCUAACCUUUAGCACUCAAAGCAUGUGAGCUACUUUGAUAAUCUACACCAUCUCCUCAACUUCUGAAUAUUAAAUAUGAAUUUACCAUUGGCAGGUGUUUUUCAUGAGUGAUUGUUUGGCUUAAUUUAGUGAGAUGAACCAAUUGAAUUUUUCCACAAAAUUAAAAAUACAUCUUAAUUGUAGUGGUGUAGGUUGGACCAACAUUUGGUUAGUAGAUUUGACCUGAUUGGUUUCAUGGAUACAGUCAUUUCAUACAAAUCAACCAAUUAUAAUGAAGGAUGUAUCCGUUUGAUUUCCCUUUUUUCAAUUUUAGCCUUUGAUUUGAUAUCUUUAAUGUUAGUAUGGUAAAUAAGGUUGAGUCAGCCCACAAUGUAAAAAUCUGAUUCUAUUGGUUUCAAGUGACACCAGUCAUCAAACUAGUGGCUAGUUAAGCACUGCAUUCAACAAGGCUAGUCCUCCUUUACUCUGCCAGAUACCAAAGUGAAGGACUUGCCACUCCAUGCAUACAUCCAUGUGCCACUCUCUCGUGAAACAGCCAAGUUAUAAAUUUGACAAUGUACAAGAUGUUCGCCGAUAGCACUUGGAAUAUCGUGAAUUCAAUAGAGCAUUAUGUCAAAACAUCUAUGCAUUUCACAUCAAGCACACUUGAAAAACUCCACUGAUGGUACAAAGACUGUUCGAAAUUGCCAAUGGCAUAAUAUACAUAACUAUUCAUUUCACUACACAGCUGUGACCAAGUGGAGCACUGCGAUGGCAGAACCUCUAUUGAACUGUCAUUAACAACCAACUAUGCAAAUAUCUGAUGCAUAUGAUGUAUAAUAUGUUGGCUACAGCUGUUGCUGUGAUAAUGUGCUCAGGAAAGUGCCGCACAGAUUUAACGACUUGUAAUUUAUGCUGAUGGUUUAUAUCCACAAUGGGAAAGCAUUCCGAGGGAUUGUCACCCGCUGCUUCAUGUACAGGUUAUGAUGUUUUAUCAUCUUGAGUUGAUCUUGUUUAUCUAAUCUGGGUGUGAUCUCAUACCUGACAGAUAAACCAUUGACGAUAAAGGAAUAUGUCCUAUAACAGCUGAUAUUAGUUUGUUAUAUAAGUGUUUUGUAUAUAUUGGACCAUUGUUUAAACAUCAGUUUAUCAUCAGUUACUGGUGUCCUUCCACGAAGGAGGAAGCUGGUGUAAAUGAGAUUUAGAAAAUAAAGGUUUAGA